AUGACGACGAUUCGCAAGCUCACAGUUGUAGCGGCCGUGGUGGCGGCGACAGUGCUGCUGGUUGCAACGAGCGCCACGGCGCAGGGGGGCCAAGUGUGCAUUGACCCGGCAAACCCGUUGACGAGCAUUGACUACAGCAACGCGGCUGUGCAGGCCUGUGUAGUUGCCCGGUGCGCCGAGACGCUACAUGUCAUACCCACCGUAACAACAGACGGCUUCUGCGACGGUGUGGCCAUCUCCGAGUCGUCUGUCCCGUGCAACAAGCUGGAGAUGGGCUACAAUGCGUACUACGCCUGCCUUGUGCGCGCGCUGCAGGGUACGGAUACGGCCGGCCUCUCCGAAUUUGGUGCUGCCGCCAAGGAGUUCUUGAGCACCCCCGGCUUCCCGUACCGCCUCUCCCACCUCCGCUGCUACGCGUGCAACCAUUACCGUUUAACCGUAUUCCCGUCCUUGCGCAGCAAGUGCUCGAACUGGACAUGUGCCACCAUCUCUUCGCAGAGCCCGUCUGCGCCAGCUUAUAGCCAGCCGGAUGAGGGCUACAAUCACCGCCUGUGCAGCACCGGCUGUAUCACGGGCAUCAUCAUGGUUCCCUUCAUUGUCGUCACAUGCGCCAUCUUCUUCACGUGCGGGUGCUGCUGGCCGUCCCCAUCGCUGAAGACGACGUACAUGGCGAUGCUUCAGAGGGAAAGGCAAACGUCCUGCAGGCACUCCGAGGAGGAGGAGGACGACGAUUCGCGUGACGUGGAUAAAGGCUGCUAUAACGUUGCCCACGAGCCCGCGCUGGUAAGCGAUCAGAAGAACCACCCUGAGGUUGCGGCGCAGCACUCAGCGGAACAUAAGGCGCCUACUGUGUGCACAUAA